AUGAUGAAGAUUCGCUGCAGUGCAAAGGGAUUGUGGGAAGCCGAGAAAGCCCGUCGGCUGAGCCACGGACAGACUGAGUGCGGCAAGCGCUCGAUCUGCUAGCACACAACGACUCCGUUGAGGCUAUGAGCGCAGUUCUUUGUGUUGAGAAGCGUGGUGCGUUGUAGCGGUGGUGAGUUGGUGGGUUUCUCUUCCUACAGACGCACAGUUUGCCUUCCACGGCUACGUGUUUGCUCUCGGCUUCACGCAUGAUGUAUCUAGUGUAGGAGUCGUAGGCAGCAGCUUCCCUGGUGGACUGUGGACAGCGUUGCUGCUGUCUCUGAUCACGAUGGGGAGUGAUGAUGUGUGCUGGCAGUGAGAAGACAAAAGCUGUGCGCUGGGAAUCAUGGCACGGGAGUACCGGCCACUGGACUGUCUCCUGCAUACAGGCAGUGAGAAGCUGGGGCUCUUGAUUCUAAACCAGCCGCUCGAUGGACCAGAAAGGCUGCAGCUGCUUUGGAGCAAAUCUGCGAUUCGAGCGUGCGCGGAUGGAGGUGCGAACGCACUAUACAAGUGCAUGGGUAACUCCCGUGACAGGUUUAUCCCAGAUUUCAUCAGCGGAGAUUUUGACUCAAUCGAGAAAGCCGUCCAGGAGUACUACAAAGAAAAGGGCAGUUACUUCAUUGAGACUCCUGACCAAAACCACACGGACUUUACCAAGGCUCUGCAGCUUCUCCUGCAGCGAGUCCGUGACCACAAUACAAAGAUCGAUAUGGUGGUGACUCUGGGUGGACUGAGCGGUCGUUUUGACCAGAUAUUGGCGAGCGUGGAGACCUUGUACCAAACACGGCCCCUCACCAACCUGCCCCUCUAUGUCAUACAGGGCUCCUCGCUCAUCUGCCUACUACGGGAGGGCAAAAGCACAAUCCGUGUGGACAAGGAUCUGCAGGGGUCGUGGUGUGGCCUCAUUCCUGUGGGAGAACCAUGCUACCACGUCACCACCUCCGGCCUCAAGUGGAACCUGAGCGACGCUCAGCUGAAAUUUGGUACGCUCGUGAGCACGUCUAACAAGAUGGAUGAAAGUGGAGUGGUCACUGUUGAAACCGAUGCUCCCCUGGUGUGGACCAUGGAAGUGCCGAGGCUUAAGUAGCAUCUGUUUACCUUCGUCAUUAUCAUUAUAAGCCAUGGUCCAUCUACUGCUGGAGGAAUGCCUUCCAAAGCUGCUGCCAUCUCCCACGAUCCUGCGAUGUCAGUGUUUUGGGGAAAGAUAUUCGACCAUACUUUUGUUCAUCUUAUUUCGGUGAAAAAUAAUUGACUGUUCAUUUGUCCGUUUUAAAUGUUGUUUUAAAACAUUUGGAUACUUUUUAUCUUCAAUGAAUUGCUAAUAAGCUUAGAUACGGACAAAAUGUCGCGCGUUCUACCUAUAGAGGUGAUAUAAUCAAGGGCUGGGUUUUAUUCGAGAAGGUGCUAUGAAUGGUUAAACGUCUCCUGAAAGCUGCUGUGCCUUAAUUACAGCUUUUGCCAUGUGUGCACCUAAGCACGCCCUCAAGCUUUAAGGUUAUUGAAUGAGUCCUUUUGGGAUAAGUAGCAGUUCAAAAUAAAUAACAAUGGAUAUGGUAUAUACAAUGCAUAUCAAUAAUGCAGUAUUACUAAUUACUAAUAUGAGCCAAGAAUAUCUGUGUGUAACGCGCGUGAUGUCACUCCACGUCGACCAGCCCCCCCUCAUUAAUAAUCAUGAACAAGUGAUGUCACUCUGCAUGAAGGGGGAGCGGAAACGAAAAUUUGUUGACGCAAAUUAGCUUUCAUUUUGGCCUUUGUUUAUGGAAAGUAAAAGCUAAUAAGGAAAUAAACGCAGCAACUAAUAUAACGAGCCAAAAAAGGCUGUGUGUCCCACGCGUGACGUCACACCACAUGCCCCCCCCCCUCAUUAUUAACGUGUGCCUGGAUUUUUUGACUAACGCAGAAAGUCGAGCGGCUACGAUAAUUUUUUAACGCAAAUUCGCUCUCGAUUUUACGUAUCUUUACAGCAAGCGAAGGCAAUAAAUAAUUCUACGCAGCAUCACAGUGCAUUUGGUGCCUUUAUUUAUUUCUUCAGCGAAUCCAACAAAAGGUUACGUCUACUUUACGCUUCCAAAUUAUGCUACAAUAAACACUUCUCUGCUACUUUGCAGACAUCAUAUCGAAUUCCAAUUGUUUUCAGCCCCCAGCGAGCGAAAGCGGAAGAUAAGUAAGUAUCAGAGCAGUGAAUUGUAAGUAAUUGAACGUCCGUUAAAUACAAUGCUACUGUGACAUUACGUCAGGCGUUUGAUGACUUAGUUUCGUGCAAAAGCCACUGCCAUUAAUACAGUGCUACAGUGAAAUGCAGUGAAGUGUUUGAUGACAAUCUUUUUUUUGUUUCAAUAUUCCCUGCCAUUAUAUUUAGACAAGAUGGAAUUAUACUCCGAUCAAUGUAUUCGUUACUCUAAUGCUUCUCUUUGCUCUUCGUUAUUUGCUAAGUUACUGCAGACAGUGUCACCACUCUACUAUCUUCACUCUUCGCUAUCAAGCGGCCAUCGGUGAAGAUACAUUUGUCAGUUAACAGCUUCAGGUGA